AUGGAUGGGGAUAUUUCUAUUGUGAAAUUCUUCUCAGUUUCUUCAAUGAUCGUAUCAAACCACACAUUCAAAAAUAUAGCUGUAUUAGAAGGAGGAUCCUCUCAAAAUUUUAUUAUCAGUGCAUCAUCUGUGCACUUAGACAAUUUGACAGAGUUUAAAAUUGGAGACAUAAAUAUUAUUGCAAACUCAGAACUAUCAUUAUUCGAGAUUCAUUCAAUCUCUUCUGGAGAUUCACCAAGGAAUAUCACAGUUGAAAACUUUUCCUUCAAGGAUUCAUACAUGUCAUCAAGAGCUAUCAUCAAUACCCAUGGACUCAGCUUAGAAGCAGACGUUACUGUUAUAUUUGACAGGUUAAAUUUUUGAGGAAUUGAGUUUCAGACUAAUGGCCAAGUCAUGGAUUUUUCACACUCUCUAGCUAAUGCAGCCAUCGUGAAGAACUCAUCAUUCACUGAUUUGAAGUCAAGCAGUAUAAGAGUUAAUGGCAAAAAGAAUCCUGAAGAAACCCUUAUGAGUUCUGUAGACUUUGAAAAUUGAGAGUUUACAAACAUUACAAACUCUCAGAAAUCAUUUAUUGAACAAGCCAACAAUGGGAACUUUAAUUUUGAGUCUUGAAGAUUUAGGAGUAUAACAUCUCUCAGCGGUGGCUCAGGAGUAUUGCUUACUUCUGAUUAUUCUACCUCUUCAUUUAAUGAUUGUAGCUUUGUGAACAACUCUGCAACAACAUCUUCUGUAUUUAAAGUUACAUCAGGAAGUACUUUAAAGUGCCAAGGAUGAAUAAUAUCUAAUAAUUUUGCAGUUCAAAAUGGAGUUUUUGAAGUUUCAUCAAGUAGCACACUUUCCCUUAUUAACUCUCAAGUUUAUGACAACUUUGCUAUUCAAUAUUCGAUUGGAUUUAUCCUUGAAACCAUUGAGUUUUCAGAGUUUUCAAACACUUCAUUUACUCGAAAUUCUCAGGUUGAGUAUAGCAAUGUUAUUGGAUCGAUUAACGGAAAUUGCACUAAGCUUUGAAUGAUCAGCCCAGAACUUCUUGAUUACUUUGAUCUGCAUCCAGAAAUACUCACAACCACAAAAAUAUCUGAGAAUGCAAUAGGAAUCAUUCAAGGACUGUUGAAGGUUGAUUCGGGAGCAAAUAUAUACAACCAGUCUUAUUUCUUAAAUUCUUACCUGUCCACGAUUUACUUUGCAGACUCAGAAGUAUCAUCACUGGAAUUAGACAGGAUGUUCAUGAUGAGUACUUCUUCUAAUCUGACAAUGAACAAUGUGGAAAUUAAGUCUUUGUCCAAAGUUAACUUUUGUAUAUUUGUUGUGGCAUCUUUUGACUCUAUCAUAAACCUCAAUAACAUUGUUUAUUCUGACUCUGAAUGCGCUCUUGUCUAUAGUGUUUCUGCAAUUCUUUAUUUGAAUAACAUCACUUGGAAUAACGUUCAAAAAAGUCAAAAUCUGUUAUUUAUUUCAGGAUCUCACAAAUCUGAGUUAAAGGAUUUAAAAUUUGUGAAUAGUUCUGUUGAAUCGCCUAAUGUAAUUUUUGUUGAUCAAGCGUUUAAUCUCCAGAUAAAGAACAUUGAUUCUUCAAAUAAUGACAAAAAUUUGUUCCAAAUCAAAAACUCUAAUGUCUCUCUGAUUGAAAACCUGCAUGUCUCUAACUACAAGAGAGCGCUGGAGUUGAUCAAUAGCGAAGUUGUUCUGAUAUCCAAUUCUAGUUUUAUUUCAAAUGGGAAUUCAGAAAUGCUUCAUGCUGGAGCCAUCUAUAUUAAAAAUAGCAACGUAACUUUCUAUAAUAUCAGCUUUAUUUUAAAUACAGCUCAGUCAGGAGGAGCUAUUACUUCUUUGUGUUCAACAGUAAACGACUGAAAUAUCAGAAUUGAGAAAUCAACAUUUAACAAUAAUAUAGCAGUUAUCAAAGGAGGAGCUAUGUAUUUCAACUACAAGCCUCCGAUCAUUGAUUCAGAUACCACAUUUCUCAAUAAUUCUGCAGAGUAUGGAGAUAAUUUAGCUAGCUAUCCUGUAUUUAUUGGUCUGAGCAAUAGCAAUCACCCUUCCCAAAUUUCAAUUGAUAGUGCUUCUCCUGGCGUAAUAUUAGCAGAAUCGAUCAAUUUAGCCGUAUUUGAUGCUAACAUGCAGGUAAUGAAUAAAGAUAGCUCAAGUCAGAUAAACAUCCAGCCUCUAGUGCCAGAUGCCUCAAUAAAAGGAACAAAUGUUGCAAUAGUUACUAAUGGAAUCGCUAAAUUUGAUAGACUUAUUCCAAUCGCAAAGCCAGGAUCACCCAAUGUUGAAUAUGCUAUUUCGUCAAAGUCUAUUGAUCUCGAUAAAGUAAAGAGUGUAUUUGGAGAUUCGAUUGUUCAUACUCGGAUUAUUAUUAACUUCAGCUACUGCAAGCCUGGGGAGCAAACCAUGAAAAAUCAAUGAUAUUCUUGUCCAGCUGGGACUUAUUCGUUCCAAUGGAACUCUACUCAAUGUCAUAAUUGUGAAGACCACGCUGUUUGACUAGGUAAACAGCAAAUGGAAGUUGCUUCAGGAUAUUGGAGAAGUUCCCAGAAUUCAACCAAAAUAGUUGAAUGAAUUACCAAAGAGUCAUGUGAGGGGGGAUAUUAUCCUGAAAAUGAGCAUCCAGUUAAGUGAGCUAAAGGAUAUACUGGUAGACUCUGCUCAAAAUGCGAUAUUACACAGGAUGCAAAAUAUCAAGAAAUCAGCAGGUUCAAGUGAACUGAAUGACCAAAUCCGAUACUUAAUGCAAUUAGAGUAAUCGGUUUGAUGCUUCUGGUGUUUUUAUUCUUAAUGGUUAUUAUGAUUGUGAAUAUUAAAAAGGCAAAGGAAAGCGAAUUCUCAAUUUUGCUCAGAAUUUUGACAAAUUAUUUACAAAUUAUUACAACUUCAAUGUCCAUGACAUCUAAAUAUCCGGAUCUGAUCAGUAAUAUCUUUAUCCCUAUAAACAGAAUUGGAGAUUCUUCAAGUACAUUUCUUUCCUUUGACUGUUUCAUAACGGAUUAUGAGAUCAAAGGGCCGUUUCCUUCAAACCCCAUUUUCAAGCUAUUUUUGAUGUUGAUUCUCCCUUUAAUUCUCUUCUUUGUUGUAACGAUUAUUUGGAUCAUUGCUAAAGCUUUAAAAAAUUCUUGGAUUCCAGACUUGAAGCGAUAUUUUGGUAUCUCUUUUAUUAGUAUUAUAUUCAUGCUUCACCCUAAACUAACUGAGGCAGGGAUCAAUGCUUUUAGGUGAAUAAAGAUAGAUGAAGAUAUUUAUGCAGUCAGAAUGGACACUGAUCUAGAAUGAUAUUCUUCUACCCAUCUAAAAUGGUGAUUAUAUCUUGCAGUUCCCAUCCUCUUGAUCUGGGUCGUUUCUAUACCCUUGAUUGGAAUAUAUAUUCUGUACAAAGCAAAGAAGAAUGAGAAUUCUCAAAUGCUAGACUAUUUCUUGAUUUUGUGCCAGGGCUUAAAAGGAAACAUCUAUUAUUGGGAGUUCAUAAAUACUCUAAGAAAGACUUUACUAGUCAUCUGUUUCUUGCUCCCAACAACUCUCAAGAUCGGUUUCUCUAUUUUAAUCAUGGGAAUCAGUGAGAGAGUUGAAAAUUAUCUGAAGCCUUAUAAAUUGCCAGAGAAUAAUAAAAUUGAAAUACUUGCUAUUAUUGCUGGCAUUCUGACUUUGAAUGUAAACCUGAUCUAUGAGCAAAAUGAGAGCAUCAACCACCUCAAUGCUUCACUGCUAAUAUUACUUGUUGCCUUUAAUUUACACUUUAUUUUGCAAUGGAUUUAUCUGUGUGUAAGGUCUUUCAGAGAGAAAUCAAUGGCAAUGAAAUUGGCUUACCUACUCUUUUCAAAAAUUCUAUGCAAAUAAAGUAGAUGAUCCGCUCCUUCAGAUUGUAAAUGAUAGCCAAUCUAAAAGUGAGCAAAAAGUUGACCAAAGUAAAUCAGAAAUUAAGAAGAAAGAUAGCAAUUUAUCAAAAGAAAAUGACCACCAGCCCUUUAAAAGACUGAUAAGGAAAAAGCAAAGAACUAAAAGAAGGCUAAGAUCGAGGAAGCGAACUCAAAACAAAAAUAAAGUCAAGAUUUUUAAGAAAACAGGGAGAGAGUUAGGGUCUUCUCAGAGAAAUCUCAACAUGAGAACAGAUAGGGUUGUAUCAAUUGCGCGCAAUAUCACUAACAGAAAUUCCAACCAAAUGAUAUCAUCCAACAGUAGGAUUGAGGACUCUGAUAGCAGAUUAAACAGCUUUUUUCCUUUACACAGUACCAUUUUUGAACUAAGGAAGAAAGAAGAAAUGGAAUUUGAAUAAAUAUUUAAAUAUUUCCUAAUAUCAGC